AUGUCUCUCAAUAGGUCAGAAGAUGAUGUGUUUGAACUAUUGGGCCAUGCAUCAGUUGAUACAGAAGCAUUUUUUUCGCACGCACAGAUUCUUAUUGUAAACGAUGAUCUGGUUGACUCAGACACCUAUCUUCUUGAAAUUUCUCCAGCAUUAGCUGACCAAAUUCUCCUAUCUUCUGACGAACAUAUAGCUGACAUUAAAUCUGGGGUGACUGGUCGCCAUAAAAAUGCUGCCUUCUUCUGUACAUCUGCGACAACGCAAAGGAUGAUGGAGACAGAAACAUCUAAUUCUCUCCUUUUAUUACCGAACUUAAAGAUUCCGGGUAAUCCGCCUGAAGAUUUCUGGCAGGUAGAGAAACCUAGGGUGACUAAAUGUAAUGUUGCAGCCGUGAAAUCUGUUUAUUUGGAGACUUCAACGAUUAGAGCCCCUAGUCUACGACACCUCAAGCAGGUUCUGUCACCUUCGACCUUUGCCGGUCACAUUGAGGAAGAUGACCAGGAUGUUGAUGCAGACGCUAGUUUCUAUACAUUCGAGCAUCUGCAACAAAUCGUGCCCUGUAGCCCCACCGAAUUGUUAUACGCUAUGGACAGAUUGAAUGUCAUGACAUGGAAUGGUUACUGCAGAAUAUUUCAAUUAGACUACAUCAGUAGCGUUUUGCAAUCAAUUUUUGACUUGGCCGACGAGCAGGCUUUGGACUGGCCUGUAAUCGGCUUCCCGGAUCCUUCAGAUAUUGUAACACGGCUGGAAAUUCUAUACCCACCUUCGGUUACCCGCCAAGUAAUCCAACGGUUUUUCUAUCGCAAGAGACACACAAAAAGCGAAGCUGUUUUUCCAAGAACUGGGAAAAUCUGUCGUCUCAUAGGUGAGCAUCUACUUUCAGUCACAAGGAAGUUCUCCCUCCAAGACUUCCUUUCUGUGUGGUGUGCUACUGUUCCCCACGGCAUGCAACCGCUUUUGCGACGACACCUCACAUCUGUUGGUCGUGCUUACUGUGAAAAUUCAGCCAUUGCUGAACAGGAGACUAUCACAUUCAUGCCAAGUGAGGAUUUGCCCGACGAAUCCGUAGAAGCACGCCUAGGGGCACUUUUCGAUCGACGAAAAGUCUGGCCUGAAUCUGAACUUGCAGGAUAUAUAUCUGAUUUAGUCGUUGGUAUGCCUGUCGAUAAGCCUAAUUGCCUGCCACUGAAUCAGAGAGCUGAGGAGGAGCUUAUAGUUCUUUCUGAGUCGGAGGACGAAGAUGAGAAUUUGUUGUUGGACGAGGGGAAGGAUCCGGCCAAACUCGCUCUCGAUAGCCCAUUGCCAGUUCCGGCUUCAUUGGGCACGCUACUUAAUCACUGCUGCCGUAUGAGCCAGGUUGGUGGCGAAAGAUGUUAUAUGGAAAAAUAUCCGAGGAGAUAA